AGGCAGGGGAGCAGCAGCAGCCUAGCCGCCGCCGCCGCCAGUGUUGACAAGACAAGAGCAGCAUCAUCAUGGUGGUGUCUGACGCUGGCAACUGGUGCCUCAUCGAGAGUGACCCCGGGGUCUUCACCGACCUCAUACACAAGUUUGGGGUUAAAGGUGUUCAAGUGGAAGAAAUCUGGAGCUUAGAUGAUGAUUCCUUCAUAAAUCUUAAGCCUGUGCAUGGUCUCAUUUUCUUGUUCAAAUGGCAGCAAGAGGAACAGCCGUCUGGUACAGUGGUGCAGGAUAAUCGGCUGGAUAAGAUAUUCUUCGCAAAACAGAUGAUAAACAAUGCUUGUGCCACCCAAGCAAUCCUAUCGAUAUUGCUUAACACAAAACACGUGGACCUACAGCUUGGAUCUACUCUUUCUGAGUUUAAGGAGUUUACACAGACAUUUGAUGCUCACAUGAAGGGGUUAGCACUCUCCAAUUCAGAUACCAUUCGCAACGUCCACAACUCAUUUGCCAGGCAGACUCUCUUCGAGUUUGACAAGCAACAACCUUCAGAAGAUGACGAUGUGUUCCACUUUGUGGGUUAUAUUCCCAUCGAAGGCCGUCUGUAUGAACUGGAUGGCCUCAAGGAUGGUCCAAUAGAUUUGGGACCCAUAUCUCCUGGUACAGAUUGGCUCACAGUCGUACAGCCAGUUAUUCAGCGAAGAAUUCAAAAAUACAGUGAAGGUGAAAUUCACUUUAACCUUAUGGCUCUUGUCAGCGAUCGUAAAAUGGUUAUUGAGAGGAAUAUUACACAGUUGCAGAGAGAAAUUGAGGAGAGUGAAAUGGACACAUCCAUUCAAGAGGAGGAAUUGGCACGUCUACGAGCAACAUUGGAGUCUGAGGAAAACAAGCGAGCUCGUUGGCAAGUUGAGAAUAUUCGCCGUAAACACAAUUACCUUCCACUCAUUGUCAACAUGAUGAAGAUUCUGGCAGAGGAAGGAAAGUUAUUGCCAAUCUAUCAGAAUGCUCGGGAAAAGGCACGAGCACGCCAUGAGAAAUCUAAAGAAAAGUCCAAAGAAAAGAGCAGUGCUUGACAGGGAACAACACAAACUAUAAAAGUUACAAACUGGAAACAAACUUUGGUGCAGUUGGUAAUUAUCAAGAAGGAAGUAUCGGUGUUGAGUACCAAUCUAUACAAUCCGUCGAGUGUUGAGCGUUGGAAACUGGAAUGGUCACGUUUGUGCUGAAAAAAAAACUUUUUUGCAAAGGUAUCUUACUAAAAUUUAUAUCAAAUGCUUAUAGAUUUUAAUCUUUAAGGAUUGUUAGUUAUUUGCAUUAAAAAGCAGUGUUAGAUGUUAAAAUCUAAAAGAUGUUUGGAGUUAAUUGUAUGUUUUUGACAUCUGUAAUUGGCAGCUUAAAUUGUUAUGGAAUUUUGAGCAAUUUAGGUGGGUUUUAUUCGCUUCCUUUUUAAACAUACGAAUGUAUGAUAUUUUACAAAUAUAUUUUGAUCUUGCUGCAUACAAUGUGUACCAUUUCCUCAAUAAAGUCUUAUGAUGUGGCAAGUGUACCAAAUUUGUGUUAUUUAUUAUUACAUUUGUGCAUAGCAAUAUUGUAUUAUUCUAUCCAGAAAAAUUGUCUGUGGUGUUUUUGCAUUUAAUGGCACAUACGAGACUAAUGAAAGAAUCUCGACUGUUGUCUAGGUAUACAGCACAGUAUUUUAAUGUUAUUCAGCCCCAAUUAAGUAUUUCCCACGUUAAUUUUUCUGUUUGUAUCUGAUUCCUUGUUUACUUCAGAACUUCUCUCCAAAGAAGAAGUCUUUAGAUUUUGCUCAUUUUACUUGAUUUUUCAUGAAAUCACUGACCAUCUGUUACCCUACCAGUUUGGGAUCUUAAAAGUUAACAUUGUGUGAACAGGGAUUUUUAAUAAUUUCUGCAAUCUUACCAUACAUUGUAUCAAACCAAAAUUCAGCAUGUCUUUCAAUUAAUUUAUAAGGAAAUUACAAAUAAAACAAUAAUAUUGUCUGUAAAACCAAGUGAUUAUUUUGUAGAAUCUAUUUCAAUGCCAAAUCAUCUGCUCCCGGAGUCAUCAUAUCUUGAAGAAAAUCCACAAUACAUUUAUUAGGUCUUGCUUUAAUUCAUCAUUAUUGGCUUCACAAGAAACCUCUUAACAGUGUUCUUUUACAUUUCCUGGUGUGGGAUAAUUGUAACUGCAGCAUUGUAUACAUCAAAGAGAUGUAGCCACAUUCCUCUGUUUAUUUGAAUAUGCAUGAGAUGCAAUGCAGAACUUGUACUUUAGCUACAUGGUCAGACUGACAACACCUCUUGCUCCAGGACACCAGCGGCUUGUGUCGAGGCCCAGUGCUGUGGUGCAGCUCCUUAAUGUUAUCCAUAUUGAUAUUUAAUAAAUAAACUGCAAAAUUCUC